GGCCGGGAGGGAGCGGUUGCGCGGAGGGGGUGUGGGCGGCGGCAGCGGAAGGAGGGUCGCCAAACUGCCGCCGCUCCGUACGGCGUGAGCGGCACUCGCCGGCGGCGGCAGCCCGCCCAUCGCCGCAUGGCAGCUCGGUGAGGGAGGAGCGGGCGAGGGUCCGGCGCUGCCCGGAAGCCGCGGCAGCAGCGCCCGCCGCUCCGGCCGGGAUGCGCUCCUCUCGCCGCUAAGGCGCAGCCCCGCCGCGAUGCUCUCCCCGGAGCGCCACCGCCACCCCCGGCACCCGCCGCCGCCGCAGCCGCCGCCGCCGCCGCACCUCCCGCCGCAGCCCAACCAUGUCGUGGCCACCAUCGAGAACCUGCCGGCCGAGGGCGGUGGCGCCAGGAGCGGCAUCUCCGCGCCCUCCAACGGCGUGCGCCAGCGGAUCAGGAAAGUGCUGAACAGGGAUCUCUUGCUGUCUGUGGCUCUUGGCCAGGUACUCUCGCUCCUUAUCUGUGGCAUUGGACUCACGAGCAAGUAUUUGUCAGAAGAUUUCCAUGCCAACACACCUGUUUUUCAGAGCUUCCUCAAUUAUAUCCUUCUAUUCUUGGUCUACACAACAACACUAGCUGUCAGACAAGGAGAAGAAAACUUGCUGGCAAUUUUGAAAAGGAGAUGGUGGAAGUACAUGAUCUUGGGGAUCGUAGAUAUAGAAGCCAAUUACCUGGUAGUAAAAGCUUAUCAAUACACCACUCUUACUAGUGUACAGCUCCUAGAUUGUUUUGUCAUCCCAGUGGUGAUACUGCUCUCUUGGUUCUUCUUGCUGGUACGAUACAAGGCAGUACAUUUCAUUGGGAUCGUGGUCUGCAUUCUGGGCAUGGGCUGCAUGGCAGGAGCAGAUGUCCUCGUUGGGAGACAGCAAGGAGCAGGUGAAAAUAAACUGAUAGGAGAUCUCUUAGUGUUGGGUGGGGCAACACUAUACGGCAUCUCGAACGUUUGUGAAGAGUAUAUUGUCCGAAAUCUGAGUCGAGUGGAGUUUCUGGGCAUGAUUGGACUCUUUGGCUCCUUCUUCAGUGGAAUUCAACUUGCAAUCAUGGAACACAAAGAGCUGUUGAAAGUUCCCUGGGACUGGCAAAUAGGCUUGUUGUAUGUUGGCUUUAGUGCCUGUAUGUUUGGCCUCUACAGCUUUAUGCCAGUGGUCAUAAAGAAAACUAGUGCUACUGCCGUCAACCUCUCCCUUCUCACAGCUGACCUGUACAGCCUUUUCUGUGGAUUAUUCCUCUUCCACUACAAGAUUGGCCACACUCAGCCUCCCUUCAGCAGGAUGCACUUAACAACCACGUUGACAAGGAGCUUUGGAGUUGCAGGAUGUACUCUAUGUUGCAGUUUUGGAACACACCGCUUCCCACAGUGCAGGAGGCACCCAGCCAGCAGGUAGGUGGGCAAAGCACAAAAUAAUAGCCUUCAUUUUAGCCUUGAGCUUCAAUACAACAUAUUACAAAAGGAAACUGGGUUUUUAAGUGAACAGUUGUGGGCUGAAAGAAAAAGAUAGUUCCCUUAAUCAAAUUACCCCUUCAAUACAAUUCUGCUAUAUGCUAUUCCUAUUCAGCCAAUGGUAUACCAAUUAUAUGCGAGUCAUAAGUGAUUUGAAAAAACAAGUCUGAGAAAAUAUGCUUUUGCCUGCCAUCUGACUAACGGAGAAGAUGAAAACUCUUACUUGCUGAAGCUGUCUCUGGUAUUGAAAUUGAGAGGGGUGGAUGGUGGAGGGUGAGCCACAGGUACUCCUGAAGUCAUUGAAUAUAUCAAGUCACUAACAAAAAAGCUGUAUUAUUUCAGGCUAUUAAAGUGACGUUUAGACUGAGUGAGUGAUGGUAACCUGCAUCAGCUCUUCUUGAUAGAAAAAAGAAACAAACAUAUAAAGCAAAAUGUCUCUCCCAUUUGUAAUGACUUAAAUUAAUUACGGGGUUAGCACUGGCAAUCCAUUCAUAUAGAUAGAGACCAGCUUCCUCUCCCGAGCUCUUCUCUCCCGCUGCCCAUGUUUCCUCUCUGCAGAUUAAUGCACCAAGGAAAGGCUUACAUUUUUUUGUUUGGUUUGUUUGUUGGUUUGUUUGUUUUUUAAGGAAAGGAAAAAAGAGGUUUAUCCAAGGUACAGCUGUGGUAACUUGCAGUUUCUCCUUCUCCUUGAACAAAUGCGUACUCUGAGCUGUAUUUGGUGCAAAUAUGAGCUGUGGCUGGACUGGUUGGCAUUUGACAUCACAGGCUGUGAAGAGCCUUCUGAAUGCUCAUCCCCAUAUCUAAAAUUUUACUUGUACUGCAGACCUCACUCCAUGAGAGAGAAUGGAUAUACAGACCCAGGUGAAAUUUCCUUCAUUUACACGAUCCCAUUGAUCACAUAAACUCAGCACAUAUUCUCAUUAUUUCCUAGGUACUGGUGGGAAGGAAUGUGUGCCAAAGACAGCACAAGAAGGCUUAUGCUGAUACAGCUAUCGGACUUUAGAUUUUGUGUAUACAAGUAGGGCUGUGCUCUGCAAAGCCAGCAGUCUGGCACAGUCUUCCACAGGUUUACUUUAAUGAGAAUUAGUGUUGUAAACUGCUGAGCUAAAGAAAGUAAAUGCAGCAGCUGCACUAGCAAUGGCUUCUCUAACUACUGCGGAAAGGGAAACAUCUCUGCCAGCUACAGCACAGGUAUUUCAUUAUGACAAGGGGAUAUAGGUAGAUUUUGCUAUGAAUGUACAUCAUAAAAUAUCUGGGAGGGGUGAUUUCCAUUAAAAAAAAUACCCCAGCCACCCCUUUUUAAUUUGUACACUUUCCUUGUGCUUCUACCAUACCUUCUGCCCACAUGUGACACCAAGCAACAUUUUCUACCUCAGUAUGUGAGACUUGGAGCAAAAUACCAACACACAAGGCUGAAAAAAGGCAUUGGCAGCCCUAGCCACACAAAGAUCAGUCCUAACUCACAUGGAGUGUUGAAGGCAAGAUGGUGUCUGCAGGCCUGAUGAUGAUGGGGCUGGGGGCUGCCACAUCCACACCUUCACAGGUUGCCCCAGGAUUGCUGCAGGUUGCUGCCAGCCUGGCCCCUCAGUUAACAUUAUGGGACUUAGCUCCUGAGAAAACAAGCUACACCUAACUUGAUCAUGUGGUGAUUUGAGCUGGUGAGCUUUUCACUUUUCACAUCAGACUAGAAGGCCUAGCUGUCCAGCUGGGCUGGGCUGCAACCCUGAUUGUUCUCCAGGGCUUCCAUAUCUUUCUGGAAUCAUGGUGAAAAUAAAGAUUAGCUGUAUUUGUAGAUGGUUCCUCCCUGAAAGCUGUAUUGUGAGGUGUUUGUGCUGGAUGCAUGGAAAUCUAAAGCAGAAACUGACAAAGCCCAUAAGAACCACCUCCUAGACAUGCAAGACAGAAGAAAAAUUCCUCAAACAAGAACACUACUAUGGGUACUUUAUUCUUCUUAUCAGAGGUACUAAUGUUGCCUUUUUUGUUUGGCUUUCUCCUACCACUCAUAAAUGACUUUUCAAAAGUGUAUAUUAAUAUGUGAGGGAAAAUUUUUGGUGAGUUGGCUGUACUGUGGGGAGAUAACAUCUCUGUGAACACGAGAGGUGGUCCGUAUGCUGGAGCAGAGGGAGAAUAAUCACCCUUGUUUGUUUUUAUUUGUUUUACUCUGUUGAUAUUGGCUGUCUUCUGGCUUUUCUUUGCAAAAGCUGAAUGGCGAUUAGGAAUUAUUUGUAUCUGAGGCUCCAUAAAAGAAGCAUCUGGAGCUUGCCAGUGACAGUUUAAUCUAAUGAGAAGUGCCAGGCAGUUUUCAUUUGUUAUUUCAAAAUAUUUUGUUUGGAAGAAUUGUAAGACUUCUAAAUUACCUCCAUCUAAUUAUAUCAAAAUUUCUAGACCAAAGCAGCUCCCAGAUCUUAUGUUAACAUUUCCCUUAUUGUUUGCUUCAUACUUGGCUUGCAACAGACCUAGGAGGAAAAAAAAAAAAAAAAAAAAGAUAUCGCCUCUUUCAGUUCUCACUCUUCAAGGAGAAAAGAUGAGGAAAGAAAAAUAAAGGGAGAAAAACUAUUGGGGCUCUGGGCUUUUGUGUGACAGUUUCACAUCUGAAACUGUGUAUUCAUGAAACAGUAAUGGCUAUGGCCCUUGGACUCUUUCUCUCCUAUGCCUACAGCUGUGCCAGUGUCCUUGACAGCAGAGGCUAAGGGAUCCAUUAUUUUGAUCUGCAAUUGUCACUAACGAUUCUUUUUUUUUGGGGGGGGGGGGGGGAAGGAGGGGGGACAUGAAAAAAAACACAAACCACUGCUACGACACUUGAAUAUGCUGAUUUCCAUGAAAUUUAAGGUGUGGUUACACCAUUCAUUGACAAUCAAAGAAAGUAUGAUACCCAAAUGGAAGAUAGAUAUGUAGAAUUCCAGGCUGCAAUAACACCAACUGGAGAUGAAAGCACAUCUUCCAUAGAAGAAGUUCUAUGUCUGAGACGGUGGUAUUUGUCCACUGCCCCACAGAACAAAUAUUUUUCUAGGAGUCCUUCAUUUCCAGUUGAUGAUGCAAAUGCAAUCAAUUACUUGGGCUUUGCAUAUGCAAAGGUGAUAUUUAUGUUAACAUCUUAGCAUGCAACUGUUUCUGUUGGUAUAUCUUAAAUAUGAGCAAAAAUAGUUUUCAGCCUGCUGAGGAUGUAGAAGGUGAUGCUCACUUAAAUGCUGAAGAUAUUUGUGCUAUCCAGUAGCAUUUCAAAAGAAAGAAUGUUUUAUUUGCUUAUUGUGGAAUCUAAGACCUUGGCUUAGUCAUAUACAGAAACUUGGUAUUUACAAUUAGCCUUGAAUGAAUCCGUUACUCUUGCAAAACUGUAUGUUAGAGCUUGUGUACAGUAGAGCUACCACAUAUUUUUCAGUGUGUCUUGUGGGUGAAACUUGUACCAAACAAGUUUGUUGUUGUUGAGACACUUGAUCUAACCCAUGGCAAUGGCAUGGCCAAGUCUCAUUUUUUUGGUCUUGCCAUGAUGAUGAAUUACAAACAUUAUAAUGAUUUUACAUCCAAAUUUUCCAUGUGUUUACAUCUGUGCUAGACUGUAAAAACUCUUAAAGGACAUAGUUAAAAAUGAUAAAUUGAAUAAGCAUUUGAAAUGCACCUGUUCUUUCCUGGUUUUAUGUGGCAGAGCUCUUAAAAUUUGAAUGUAUUGCUGUAUUUAAAACUAACACUAUAAGAGCUGAAUUGCUCUUAUAAAGGUUUCUUGGAGGUGUUUCACUUUAACAGCUGUUUCACCAGUGAGAUAAAGAAAUGUUUUAUGCAUUGCAUUUAAACAUAGCAGCUGCUUAAUAGAUCUUGUAUUUAAGCAGAAAAGACAACUGCUGAAAAAUAAAGUAAAAAGCACAGAUAAUUCUUGAAAUAUAUUGUCAGGUGAUAUUUCUAAUUCAAUGGGCUGUCUCAUUUCGAAUGCCAGCCCUUUGCCCCUAUCCCCUGAUGGCACCUUCAGACAUGCAUGCACAUGGAACAGCUUGUACAUAAGGCUACUUAACUGACAGCAGCAAACGUUGACCUUUUCUGGAGAUGUGUUGUGUAAACACUAAGCUAAUCCCCCUUGCCUUCUGCCCAGUUGCCAGAUGUUGCUAAUGCUUUAGAAUGGCUCCUGUCCAGCCCUUGGGGGGGAUCUACCUAUGUGAACAACUCUCUGACUCUCACUGUCUUUCCCUGCUUGACUGGCAAGCAUAUUAACAUCAUACAGCAAGUCUCUUUUAUCUUUUUUUAUUUAUCUUUUGGUUUUGUUUUCUCCUCAGCUUUCCAGCUUAUCCUCUGAGUGCUCUUAACUAUAUCCCUUUCAACUCUUCUCUAAUUCUCCAAAUCUUUGGGAAUUUAAUUCCUUGGUUGCCUUUUCGCUUUCUUCCCAAUUUUACCCAUGGGCAAACUUGUUCACUCUGCCAGGUGAAUGUUAAUGACUCUCAGAUCUUCCUCUCCAGUUCAGGUCAGCGUUUUCUGUCUAGAUGAAACUGUCUUCUAGCCUAACAUCAUCAUGCGGGUGACAGCUUGGCUAUAGCCUUGCUCAGUGUUUUCUCACUGGAGCUGCUCACUUCUGUUCUUAAUUACUGUGAACCCACAGUCCUGCACCCAUUGCUCCCUUUGGAUGGGCAUGCACUUUGUCCUGAGGAAAUGCUGCUGCUCAUCCUGGUUUAAUUAGUUUCUUCUUAAAGGCUGUUCCUUGGGCACAGCACUUGAGAGAUCAGUUCUACUCUUUUAUGCUUCUGUUGCAGAUAAUUACGGGGAGAAGUAAUUAGCACAAGCGUUUCCAGCGGUAGAGGCUCCUCAGUCUUACUGAAGUGUUUUGUAUUCAGCUGACACUGGGCAAGUUGGCGGUAUUUGGGGGGUUCUUGUUAUUUUUUAUCCUUAGUACCAGGAAACUAGUAACUUUUUUUCACUUCCAUUAGAACGAUACUCUAUUACCUGAAAUCUUGUAGCAAGUGAAUGUAACAGAGUCUGUGUAAGAGGAGAUACUUUAACCAGGCAUCAGAUUAUUUCGCCCUUUUCUCUCUGUAAAGAUAUUUCUCAGUUCAGAAGGGAUUUUCCCUGAAGAGGCAGAGGCAUGAGUGAGGAGUCACCAUAAAGAAUUCAUUCACAACUAAAUAUUUUUAAUUACGUUUGUGGUUAUGUACUGCCUUGGAAGGAACACCUAGUAUUUAUGUGACUCUCAAAACAAACACCGAAGCUGAAGAGGCAAGGCCCCCGCGCACAGCUCUGCCAGGUGCUGGGUUGUGAGCUGAGAACACCCGUGAGGCGGCGCCGCCCUGAGGGGA